AUGAGGCUAAACAAGUUUGAUGCAGAUUUUGCAGCUUGGAUUUUACAAGUGCGAGAUGGAAACUCAAUGUUAGCAAGCACAAACCCUGAAGAAAAUGUUGGAGGGUGCAGAAUAGCUACGGAUGAAGGUUUAAUGCUACCAAACAGAGGGAACCGCCUAGCAGCAAUUUCUAUUGCUGCAUAUCCAACGUUCUCUCAAUCAUUCAAGGAACGACACUACCUAACGGAGAGGGCAAUCCUAACUCCUAGGAAUGAGACUGUCCGUGAAAUAAAUGAAUACCAGCUAUCCAUGGUGCCAGGUGACAGUAAGGAAUAUUUAAGCUCAGAUUCUCUCCAAACAGAGCUUGCACCACGUGGAGACUGGAGUAACUUAUACACAGUCGAGUAUUUAAACUCUCUAGAUUUUCCAGGUUUACCAAUCCAAGAAAUUUGCUUGAAGUAG